AUGUUCAUCAGCAUCUCCCCACAUAUACGAUACAACUGGGCAACGCUCUUGCGCUCAUGGCUCGUCCAGAAUCGCGUACUCUUGGUCCUUCUGGCUGAGUUAUUGAAGAGCACGUCGCAACGUCUAACCGCCCACUACGAGGGUCAGCCCUACCCUGACUUCCUGCUUGGUGUGAUACUCUCCUUGGCCAACACUUAUGCUUUCUACGGGCCGAGGAGGUUCAAUCUCCCCUUCUGGAUGUGGCUCGCCGCUAUGUUGCUGCUCCACCUCCGUCUCGUCUCCGCCCCCAUGUCUUGGCAGAUCAUCCAGAUGGGCGGUUCUUCGAUCCCCUGGUUUGCAGCUGCACACUUCAUCUUCACGGUCGCCACUUGUCUCGUGGUGACUGCAAACUCUCUUGAGCCUGGCCAGAGCAGGAUCCCACUCCAACAUGCGAGGGUGGAGACCCGCCCUCUGCACGAUGUCUUUCUUGUGUCCAGCACGGCCUUUGGACCGCCCUGGUUACGCCGGGGCUUGAAGACGUGGUUUCCGCGCUUACCGAUGCUGCUGAAUAGGAGAGUGCCCUGGCUAGUCAGUGUCGCUCAAGGUUAUAACCGCAUUAUGAAUGACUAUCACAUCCCCAUCUUUUUUCUUAUCUUCGUACUUUCCAUGUCGUUGCUCCUUAUAUUCUGGAAACUCCACGACCUACUCAGCUUCUGGUCCCUUGGUGGGUUUCAGACCGCCCUAAGCCUCUCAAAUGCCAUCUUCCGUACCUCGGUCGAUAGCCAUGCCCGGCUGCCCUCCUUCGAACAGCUCUGGCUCCACCAAGCACUAAGAAUCGAUGGACGGUACUAUGAGCUGACUUGGAUGCACUUCUUUGCCGAUUCCACAACGCUCUCUGAUUCCGCAGUUGAGGACGACGAAAGCUACGCUCAGCACGAUAACGACGCAGACGGAAAUGCAAUAUCUCGGCGAGCUAUACUCUCCGAACGGCGUAUUGGGUAG